AUUUGUUUUCUUCACAAAUCUUCCACUUUACUUUUCAUCUUGGGUACUCAAGAAAUUCCCCAAUCCGUCAUGGUUUAUGGUUUUGUCUUCUCUCAAAUCCUUGAACUAGAAGAAACCCAAUGAAGGAGAAUGCAAACCUAGCCCACCAAUUGAGAACAGAAAUGGCGACUGGUAAGAAGCUGAGUGAAUAUUCUGUGAAGCAGGAGCUCAGAAAUUUAAGCAUGGAGGAUGCACACAGAAGGCACAUAGCCAUGAAUGCUCUGACUAAGCAUGUUCAACAAUUGGAUGGGAGUGAAGUACCCAAUUUUCUCAAGCAGGUUUCUCAGUUUCUUCAUAAAUCUAAGCCAACUUCCAUAACUUCUCAUAUUAAUGCCAUAUCUCUGUAUGAGCAAGCUGUUAAAAGGCAUGGAGCAAGUCUGGUAUGUCAACUAGGGAUCAUAAUUUGCAUGCUUAGAACUGCACUCAAUUUGGUGGGAUUCAAUACUGGUCUACAGCAAGCUUGUGUGAAGCUUGUUCGUUCUAUUGCCAAUUAUGUCAUCUGUACAUCUGAGAGCAGAGAGCAUGUAUUGAUGGAAGAGAUUAAAGAGCCUGCAAGUUGUAAUCAUCAUGCUGCCUGUUUAUGUGGGGAUAAAGGUCCUCAAAGAAACAAUCUCCAGAAGACGCAUGCUGUUUACUGCCAACAAAUAGUGAAGGAUUUGUGUAGCCCUCUGUUGGAAAAAGUGGGAGAAGCACCAAGGUGCUUGCAUGCUCUGGUGGAGACAACCAGCUGGAAAUAUGCCUCUCAAGAUUUGGUGAACCAAGCAUGUUUGCAAGCAACCAGAGGAUUGUUAAUCAAGGGUUCACAAGCAGUGGGUCAUAUGCAGCUGAUAUGCUCCCUUGCCAAAAAGAAUGGUUUGAGUUUAAAACCCCAUGUGGGUACUCUGUUGAAGGCAGUUGCUGAGAUACUUGAUAAGGGUAGUGUACAUAAUUGGCAGCAGAGGUUGUGUUCUGUGCAGAUGAUCAAUGGUUUUGUUAAAAUUUCCAAUGCCUUUGAGCUUCAAGAAAUAAUUGGAGUUUUGGAGAGACAAAGGGAGGAUAAAAUGCCUUGUGUGAGAAAAGUGGUUGCAGAAACCAUUCACAGAGCAAAAUUGGUUUUAGAGAAUCAAUGUUUUCAAGUUGAAGAAAGGAUAUGUAGCAGUGUUGAUCUUUCUUCUGAGGAGGAGGAGUCUACAGGCUCUAAUGAACAAGAAGCAACAGAAGGAUACAAAGAUUCUGAUCCGAAACCAGUUUCAGGGUUUAAUACAGAGUGGAGCAUCAGGAAUAACCCUAUUGCUGCUGAUGAAAUUCAAGGGAAUAUUAUUGUACCAGUAUAUACAAAUGGGAAGGAUAUUAUAGUGGACCUGAAAGGAGAAAUUAUAGUGGAGGGGCUAGGACUUUUGUGGGGCAGUGAAAAUUUUCUGAGCAGAAGCCAUGCUUACAGAUCAUCAGAGGUUGAGAGAAGUGAAGAAAUUGUAUCAGUUUCUUCUGUCAAUACGGAAAGCAUUGAAAAGCGGUGUCAUACUGAAUUGAAAGAUAUAGAGAGGCAGGAGAAAUUGUCAAUCAACGGCCAGGCUGAAGCUGAAUUGGAAAAAGUUGUACUAGCUGAGAACUGUGAAAAAAUGAUUAAGGAAGACAAAAGUUGUUAUUCUGAUUUGGAAGAUACGGAGAGGCAUGAAAAAUUGUCAAGCAACGGCCAGGCUGAAGCUGAAUUGGAAAAAGUUGUAUCCACUGGGAACUGUGAGAAAAUGAUCAAGGAAAAGAAAAGCUGUUAUAUUGAUUUGGAAGACACAGAAAGGCAUGAGAAAUUGUCAAGCAACGGCCAGGUUAAAGCUGAAUUGGAAGAAAUUGUAUCAACAGGAAACUGUGAAAAAAUUAUCAGGGAAGACAAAAGCUGUUAUACAGAUUUGGAAGACACAGAGAGGCAUGAGAAAUUGUCAAGCAACAGCCAGGCUAAAGCUGAAUUGAAAGAAGUUGUACCAAUUGGGAACUGUGAAAAAACGAUCAAGGAAGACAAAAGCUGUUAUACUGAUUUUGUAGACACAGAGAUGCAUGAGAAAUUGUCAAGCAAUUGUCAGACUGAAGCUGAAUUGGAAGAAGUUGUACCAACUGGGACCUGUGAACAAAUGAUCAAGGAAGACAAAAGUUGUUAUACUGAUUUGGAGGGCACAGAGAGGCAUGAGAAAUUGUCAAGCAACGGCCAGGCUGAAGCUGAACUGGAAGAAGUUUUAUCCACUGGGAAGGAAGACAAAAGCUGUUGUACUAAUUUGAAAGACACAGAGGAGCAUGAGAAAUUGUCAAGCGAGGGCCACACUGAAGCUGAAUUGGAAGAAGUUGUACCCACUGGGAACUGUGAAAAAAUGAUCAAGGAAGACAGAAUCUGUUAUACUGAUUUGGAAGACAUAGAGGAACAUGAGAAAUUGGCAAGCAAUGGCCAGGUUGAAACUGAAUUGGAAGAAGUUGUAUCAACUGAGAACUGUGAAAAGAUGAUCGAGGAAGACAAAAGCUGUUAUAUUGGUUUGGAAGACACGGAGGAGCAUGAGAAAUUGUCAGGCAAUGGCCAGGCUGAAGCUGAAUUGGAAGCGGAUGUACCAACUGGGAACUGUGAAAAGAUGAUCAAGGAAGACAAAAGUUGUUAUACUGAUUUGAAAGACACAGAGGAGCAUGAAUUGGAAGCGGUUGUACCAACUGGGAACUGUGAAAAGAUGAUCAAGGAAGACAAAAGCUGUUAUACUGAUUUGAAAGACACAGAGGAGAAUGAAUUGGAAGCGGUUGUACCAACCGGGAACUGUGAAAAGAUGAUCAAGGAAGAUGAAAGUUGUUAUACUGAUUUGAACGGCACAAAGGAACAUGAGAAAUUGUCAAGCAUUGGCCAGGCUGAAGCUGAAUUGGAAGCAGUUGUACCACUUGGGAACUGUGAAAAGAUGAUAAAGGAAGACAAAAGCUGUUGUACUGGUUUGGAAGACACAGAGAUGCAUCAAAAUGAAAAUUUGUCAAGCAGCGGCCAGGCUGGAGCUGAAAUUGAAGAAGUUGUACCAGCUGGGAAGUGUGAAAAAAUGAUUGAGGAAGACAAAAGCUCUUUUACUGAUUUAGAAGACACGGAGAGGCCUGAGAAUUUGCCAAGCAACGGCCAGGCUGAAGUUGAACUGGAAGAAAUUGUACCAAUUGGGAAUUCUGAAAAAAUGAUUGAGGAAGACACAGAGAGGCGUGAGAAUUUGUCAAGCAACGGCCAGGUUGAAGCUGAAUUGGAAGUUGUAUCAAUUGAGAACUGUAAAAAAAUGAUUAAGGAAGACACAGAGAGGCAUGAGAAAUUGUCAAGCGAUGGCCAGGCUGAAGCUGAAUUGGAAGAAGUUGUACCAAUUGGGAACUGUGAAAAAUUUAUUCAGGAACACAAAAGCUGUUAUACUGAAUUGGAAGACACGGAGAGGGAUGAGAAUUUGUCAAGCAAUGGCCAGGCAGAAGCUGAAUUGAAAGAAGUUGUACCAAUUGGAAACUGUGAAAAGAUGAUCAAGGAAGACGAAAGCUGUUAUACUGAUUCUGUAGACACAGAGAUGGAGGAGAAAUUGUCAAGCAAUGGUGAGGCUGAAGCUGAUUUGGAAGAAGUUAUACCAGCUGGGGACUGUGAAAAAAUGAUUGAGGAAGACAAAAGCUAUUAUACAGAUUUGAAAGACACAGAGAGGCAUGAGAAUUUGUCAAGCAAUGGCCAGGCUGAAGCUGAAUUGGAAGAACUUGUACUAAUUGAAAACUGUGAAAAAAUGAUAAAGGAAGACAAAAGCUCUGCCUAUCGGUGGUCAAUGAAGAUGGGUCAGUUCAGCUUAUCAUCUGUAUGCAGCAAUCGGGGCAAGGCAAGAGAAAGAUUUGAAUUAAUUUUAGGAAUAUCUUUAUGUGUUGGGUUAUUAGUUUCUGCAGCUCUGUUUUCAAUCAAGAGUUUUAUGAUACAUGAAGAUAACCAUGUUCUGGUUCCUACAUAACCAGACUGUUUUUCUGCCUCUUUUUUUCCUUGAUGAGGGUUUUUCAAUAGAUCCUUCAAACAGCUUUCUUGGGCCACAUGAAAAGGCUUUUUUUUGGCUGCUGUAUUGCUACUGUGGAGAGAUUAUCGUUGUGGUAAUCACUUCACCUUGCCACUUAGCCAGCUCUAUGCAUGAUUUGGUUACUUCA